GCAUGCGCACUGCGCACACCGCACUCGAAACUGGUUGGGUACCGAUCCAAGUCCGCCUCCAGAGCUGUUUCAGCAUUCUCUCCGCACUCCCCCACGGGCUUUCUUGUCACGAGCACCGGUGUAGUGUGUUGAUGUACCUCUGGUCACAAGCUGUCUCGUUGUGCAAGAACCUCAGUCUUCAAUCAGAGUGACGAUGAACGUGGAGCAUGAAGUCAGCCUGCUGGUGGAGGAGAUCCGUCGUCUCGGCACUGAAAAUGCGGAUGGGAAGAUCAGUGUGAAGUUUGGAGUUCUUUUUAACGACGAUAAGUGUGCCAACUUGUUUGAAGCCCUUGUCGGGACGAUGAGGGCCGCAAAGAGGAAAAAGAUCAUCUCUUUUCAAGGGGAACUGCUUCUUCAAGGUGUCCACGAUGAUGUUGAUGUCAUUCUCCUGUAAAACGCAAAAUACCAAUGCACUGUUUCCUCUGCAUCUGACAGAGCUAUACCUGUGCCUUGAAACAUUCCAUUUGAUAAUGAUCCAAUUUUGGAACAGAAAUUUCGACAUUCUAUUAAAGGAACCAGUCAGUUUA